GGAAUGGGGGAAAAAGGAAAGAAAAUAGCUGAAGCCAAACCGGAAAAGUAUGGACAAACAAAAUCGAACCGAAAUGUAUAACCAUUCUGAACCAGAAGUUAGUACCAAUGGGCCGUGAAAAGCCCAUCAUCUAAAAAUUAUGAAGGAACCAAAAAAAAAAAGUCAAAGACCGGCCGGCACAUUGCAAAACGGCGUAGAUACGUGUCCGAACGCGCGCAUAAUCCAGAUCAUCAGGUGAGAGAGAGAGAGAGAAGAAGAAGAUGGCAUUGCAAUGGCUGAUUCUGUCGUAUGUGGUUGCUGCGGAGGUCGUGAUUGCCGUCAUAUUAACUCUCCCUUACCCUAUGCUUCUCAAGAAACGAAUCGUGUCACUUGUCUCGCUUAUUCUCCAGCCUGCCGCCUCCAUCGUCGCCUUCGCUGGAUUUCAACUCCUCGAUCUUUACUGGAAGAAUGAGCAUAGACUAAUGUGCUCCUCUGAGGUUUGCACUGCUACAGAACGUGAUCGCUACGAGAAAUCUAUCUACAAGGCUCAGCGGAAUGUGGUUCUCUGUGCGGCUGGCAUCCUUCUUUACUGGUGUAUUUAUCGCAUCUGCAAGUACAACAAAGACCUUGAGCAUUUGGAGGAACUAGAGAAGAGAUGCAAGGCAGAGUAGUAGUCUCCUCAUAAUCUGGUUCUUCUGUUAUAGAUAUUACUUCGGCUUGUGAGUAGUCCCAAAAACUGAAACAAGACCAGGAUGUAUCUAGAUAAAUCUUUGCACAGACCUUGUUUUGUGUUUAUUCCUCUUCAAACUUUGUGUUACUUUUCUUGAAACAACUCUUAUUUUAUUUCAUGUCCCUAAUUGACAUUUACAGGUUAAUUUUA